CUUUUAUUAAUUAACACCAGUCCCCGAGGACACGGAUACCGUUGACAGCGACAGCUAUGCGGCACAUUUAUUAAAGCACUCAUUGUGGCCCGCUUAAGUAUGCCAUUUAAAACAACUCAAACCCAUUUGUCUGCCAGCGCUGAAAUUUCCGUAAAGUAGUGAACAAUUUGCAAUAUGCCGGGAUCGAUGAUGGGAUCCGUGGGUUCCAACACCUCAGUGGCGGAUGUCCUGCGGGGAAGGAAUAUUCCCGUCAGCCGGCCCAGCCAGAAGUUGGUGGCCAGGACCCAAGGCGACGCCCAGAAGGUGGAGCAUUACCUGACCAAGGUCAAGUCCUACUCGCAGAUCUCGCUGGGGGGACUGAGUUCCCGCUACGAGUCCAAGUGCCUCAGUGAACUGGACGAGUGGUGCACGCCGAGAACCGCGUUCCGCGACCAUGCCGACGUGAGCUUGCACCCCAGCUAUGACAUGAAGCAGUUCCACUACGAUCUUAGUUGCUUGGUGCGGUAUCUGGAUGCCAAGGAAGAGUAUAACCAGCAGCUCCUGCGGGAAAUGGACCACUUGAUUGUCAGUCAACGCAAUAUCUGCGACCAAUUUUUCCUGAGGAACAUCCUCUGCUAUAAAACACGUUGGCCCCCUCUGCAUACGAAGCAGGAACUGAAAAUCUUUGUUUCCAAAUUUUUCCAACUGACUCCAAAGCAAAAGCGCCGUGUCGACCACCUCCUGAAAAGCAACCUAGGUCCCUUUUGCUAGACCUAUCCAAUUGCAAAGUAAAUGUCGCUUUUUAUUGCAUUUGGCAAAUGGUUUAAUUAGCACAUUUAUUUUUGCAAUUAUUCUCGGCAAAAUUAGUUUUUGAAAAAAAUAUACAACCCAUAAAGUUAA